AUAGUACAAAUGCUUUCUGAAACUCGCGGCAGGUAGGCACAAGACCACACGCAUGAAAAUGCACGUCGAGGACGGAGUGCGCGGAUCAUGCAACGUACGUGUGGUGGUGGACCCACGACAAGCUAUGUCACGAAUCGCUCGCCCAGGGUGCAAGACAAAAUUUUUAUUUUUCUGUUUGUCGCUUGCGUUUUUCUAUUCGGUUUCACAAAAAUUGUUUUUCACGAUCCGACACCCAUAUCACAAUUCUGAGAUUCCUGAAGGAAGCGGCUUACCAGAUCACGGUGUUCUGUUCUGUCUCAUUCGAAGAGGCGGCGACGGAUACCACCUCCGGAAAAAGCUUUGCGUAAACCACUUUUCGUGACGAUGGAUACGCGAGGCGCUGGAGAUCUGCUUAUCGUGACACGAUGGUUGGGCCUGAUCGCGGGGCUGCUGACGCUUCUUCAGUGGUGUUUUAUUCUUCCCUCGAAAGCUGUAUCUUUAUCAGUGGAUAACGGCGACUUCCUCAAGGAUAUAAACCAUGACAGCUGGCGAUUCGCGCUCUUCUCUUUCGUUCCAGAAGUCUUCAUCGACAUCUGGACACCUUUCGUGAUGGGUAUGAUAUCAGUGUUGUGCCACUUUGAUUUCUAUCCCAUCGACUUCAAUUCCAAAAAUUUCGCACUCUUCUUCGUCUGGAACUGCCUCCAAGCCCUGUUCGGCAAUCUCGGAUACUGCGGAGGUAUUGGCAUCAUUUCAGGGUCUUUUUCUUUACUUGUUUCUCUUCUUUCUUUGAUUUGCUUCGUCCUUGACCGAAAUGCCGAUGCUCGUCUGCACAUCGACAAGCGCUCAUAAGAAGCUUGAGACGUAACGGAUUCGCACUCUUUUUAUGAGGAGCCAUGGUGUCAUUCGUGUCAUUUUUGGUAGGCCGUCAAACUCUGCAUGUUCGACAUUUUGGAACCCAGCUCCCCUUUGGGAAUCUACGUUCUUUGUUGUCAACCAUUUAAUCACAUGGAUUGUCGCCUGCUGGUCGCGUGACGGUGAAGUUCACAGAUCCUACACAUGCUUAGUUCUCGUUCAGUUCAAAGCUGGUUUCCUGCCACGGCGUCACAGAAGAUGUGUAUUAAGGGAUUCGAACUUUGAUCUGACGCUGGUUCUGCCAAGGGUACAACCGCCGUGAAAAA